GAGCCACGUGGGGUGGGGUCCCGCCCCGCCCCGCCCUGCCCCGCCCCGCUGCGGGCGGUGUGGGGGUGAGACUGGCCCGUUUGUGUGAGCAACUGCCUGCUGCCGCUCCCGGGCCUCACGCGAGGGAGGGACCGUGUCGAGGGAAGUGUAGACUGCUGAUCGACUUCUGCAGCAGAACAAAUCAACAAGGGUACUUCCACACUUUUAGUGCAGUGAAGCAUCACUAAGAUCCAUCAUGCCUACGGAAGGGAAAAGUGAUAUGGAGAGGAUCGGUCUCUUCAGUGAAAUGAGUUAUGUUACCAUUGGAGAUAAAUAUGUAUCACAUUUUAUGCGUCCUUUUAACGAAGCUGCGAGCAAGAACAGACAGAUGUUACCUGGGGGGAGCAAAACCUUGUCAGCUCUGCAGGCAGGUUAUUUUGAGCCUCAGUUUGUGAGGAUUUUCAAAGGUGAAGCCUACUCAAACCCUGCUCAGCUAAGGAGACGCCAUAGAUUGGCAGAAUCGAAGAAAAAUUUGGGCAAUGCUUUCCUUCCCAGCAAUGGAGACAAAUGGCCAUGUGGACUUGGCACCUAUUAUGGAACCAUAGGAGGUUCGUAUCCAUACUUCAAUCCACAACUGAAAACCAAAGAAAGAUACAUUCCUCCUGGAAAGAAUUUUUAUACUAAUCCAGGAAAGAAAGGAACUGGAUAUGGGUAUGCAAACCUUACCAUAGGUGCACAAUAUCCGCAUGAACCUGAUGAGUAUGAUCUAGAAAGAAUAAUGGCAAAGAAAGCACGAGAGGAACAUAAACGGUUGCUUAAAGCAGGGCCUUUCAAGUUAAAUUUAUAUCCCCGGGAGUAUUUUGACAUGAAUCCCUAUUUCAGUGACAAACCUUUGCCACCUGUGAAGAAAUCACCUCCAAAGAAGCCAAUUGUAACACCUUUCAAACCAAGUUCUCCUGCUAAAAAGUCAGGGGGCAUGAAAGGAGGCACAUUUGAUCCUUACCCAACCUAUUCUGUCGGCUCUCAUGUAAUUAAAAAACCUAAGGCUGUCACAACUCGUAAAGAACCACACAUUUUUCAUCCUCCUUCUGGACCAAAAAGCAGACCUGUUACAAGCAUAAUAACUUUAAAUGCCACAAGAUCAUUAGAUGUAAAGAACUACAAGACUGCACAGCUGACAUCUCAUUAGGUACAAAAGGUGAAAUGAAGGGUACGCUCUGUAGACUCUGUUAAAGCAAAUAAAGUGUGAAAAGUGGAAUGCAAGUAUCUAGGGCAAUCAAAUCUGUUGAAUUCCUGAGAAUACAAUCUUUCGUUUCUCAGUAUAAAGCUAUAACCAAUACUGGAAGAUCAUUUCUUUACAAAAUACGAGGUUGUAUUUUUAUAUUAAUUUUCAUCUUCUUGCUUAAGUGGACUUUUGAAAUGUGCUUUUAGAAAAAAGGACUUUCUAAUGAGUAAUUGGGGUUGCAAAUUGAUGCUAGAUUGCAGUGGAAGAAAGUGCGUGUAUUUUAAAGUGAGUAUCAGCGUAUGUAUUAACAAAGUUAGUCAGAUGUUCACCCACAGUGAAACUAAGGUCAUUGUUUUCCUUUAGCAGAAUUACAACUUGUACUUCAUUUCUACUAUAAUUUUGUGUAAGAACUGUCUUAAAAAUAGGUAAUUUAUAGUUUUGAUGAUCUCAAAGUGACUAAUAUCAAGUCUUGUUCAAAACCAUACCACAAACAGGGUGUUACGAAGGGGGGAGUCAUCUCUAUAGACCAGCAUGUUUUUACUACUCUUCCUCAGUUUCCUGACAACCGUUAAGUGUUGCUGUUAUGACCCAGCCCCAACAACCGGUUCGGCAGGGUGGGAAAGUGGGUUAGGUUUGUUUUUUAUGUUUGCAUGGGAGUCUGAAGUGAUGACAAAUCAUUCCAGGGGUCUACUCAAGAUUCCAGUCUCUACUUUGAACACAGCCAAAGUUACAGGUCUUUACUUUGAACUCAGUUGAAGUUACAAAGAAUUGACAGCAAGGAUUUGAAUACAACC